CACACUGAAUAUACCAUUCGUGCCGCCAUUAGCGUUGCUGAUUAUGCAGGCUUGUUUAUUUUCCCUCCAAUUUUGUGUUUUGUAUGUAGUGGAAGGAACCCCUACAUUGAAGGAUACCUUUGACUUAGCGAGCCCCAAUGACAACGGUGUUGGACAAUUUUCAACGCGCAGAGAAAAUAGGCGAGGGUACCUAUGGGAUUGUUUACAAAGCGCGUAGCAAUUCAACUGGCCAGGAUGUGGCGCUAAAAAAAAUCCGGUUGGAAGGUGAAACGGAAGGUGUUCCCUCGACUGCAAUUAGAGAGAUAUCCCUGCUUAAGAAUCUAAAGCAUAAGAAUGUGGUUCAACUCUUCGACGUGGUCAUUUCUGGCAAUAAUCUCUACAUGAUAUUUGAGUAUCUCAACAUGGAUCUCAAGAAACUAAUGGACAAGAAGAAGGAUGUCUUCACACCGCAACUAAUCAAAAGCUACAUGUACCAGAUACUUGAUGCCCUAGGAUUUUGUCAUACCAAUCGUAUUUUGCAUCGUGAUCUCAAGCCACAAAAUCUUCUUGUAGAUACGGCGGGAAAUAUAAAGCUAGCUGACUUUGGUCUAGCGAGAGCUUUCAAUGUUCCAAUGCGGGCAUACACCCAUGAAGUGGUCACAUUAUGGUAUCGAUCACCUGAAAUUUUGUUGGGCACCAAGUUCUAUUCUACAGGCGUGGAUAUCUGGAGUCUGGGCUGUAUAUUUGCCGAGAUGAUAAUGCGCCGAUCUCUGUUUCCUGGUGAUAGCGAAAUCGAUCAAUUAUAUCGUAUUUUCCGUACCUUGAGUACACCGGAUGAGAGCAAAUGGCCAGGAGUUACACAGUUACCCGAUUUUAAAGCCAAGUUUCCCAAAUGGGAAGCCACCAAUGUGCCUACAGCAAUACGCGAACAUGAGGCACAUGAACUGAUAAUGUCUAUGCUGCGUUAUGAUCCCAAUUUACGCAUAUCAGCAAAGGAUGCGUUAAAGCAUACGUAUUUCCAUGAUGUCCAGCAUGUGGAUAAUGUGGCCCUGCCUGUCGAUCCAAAUGCAGGCAGUGCUUCACGUAUGACCCAACUUGUCUGAGAUCACCCUUAGCAAAAUUUUUGUAACCAUCUUGUUAGUAAACCCACUGCUGCUCCUUAUCAUUUUCCCGCACAUCAUGUAAAAAUCUCAUUCACUACAUAAAUACACCAUUCAUGCUGUUCUAAA